AUGACAACCACACCAAUUUUUAGUGGUAAAAUUGAUUAUAAAGAAAUUAAAACAUGGGAUCAAACUGAAUUUGAUGAAAAGAAUUUAGUGAAUGAUAAAGAUAAAGUACCAAUUGAAAAUUUUCAUAUUAAUGGUCCAAUACAAUUCAAAAUUGAUACAGAAAUUAACUCAAGAAUUUGUUUAUGGAUGGGAGAUAUUUGUAAUUUAAAUACUGAUACAAUAGUUUAUAGUAAUAGUAAAACAUUGACAGAAAGUGACACCAUCUCUGACAAAAUCUUUAAAUAUGGCGGUAGCGAAAUGAUGAAUGAUAUUCAAAAGAAUGGUGAAUGCAGAUAUGGUGAGUCCAUCAUAACAUCAGGCGGCAAUUUACCAUCGAGAUUUGUGGUUCAUACAGUUUGUCCAACAUAUAAUCCAAAAUAUUUAUCAGCGGCAGAGAAUGCACUCAAUAGUUGUUACAGAUCGGCAUUUCAUUUAUCAAUGGAUGUAAAAUCCAAAUCAAUCUCAUUCUCAACACUUCAUUCUGAAAAGAGACAAUUUCCAUCAGUUGGUGGUUGUCAUAUAGCAUUACGUACAAUUCGUAGAUUUUUAGAAAAACCAUUUAGUAAAUCAUUUGAAAAAGUAAUUCUAGCUAUCAAUACUUUUGAAGAUUUAAGACUAUAUGAACAAAUGUUACCAAUCUAUUUUCCAAGAAAUCAACAAGAACUUAAAUUCUCUCAAAUAUCAUUACCAAAAGAUGUUGGUGAUGAAAAUGGUGAAGCAAUUGUAGAAAGUAGAAAAAUUAGAAUUAUUGAAACACCAUCAACAAUUAUAAGAGAACCUGAAGAUUAUAAUUGUUUUUAUAGUAACAAUAAUAAUAAUAAUAAUAAUGUAAAUAAUGUAAAUAAUAAUAAUAGUAAUAAUAAUAAUAGUAAUAAUAAUAAUAGUAGUAGUAAUAAUAUUGAUAUUAUUCAAAAAAAUAAUAAAAAUGAAUUUAAUAAUUAUAAAUAUGAUUCAAUUGAUAAGAUAUUGAAUCCAUUUUCAUCAAAUUUUAGUUCAUCACCAUAUGACGCAACUAUGGAUAAUGAUUCAUUCAUGUUAAAAAGAGAGGAUCCAGAUAUUGAAAAGAGAAGACAAUUUUCAAAGAAAUCUGAAAAACAAAUUGAAAAUGAAAAAUUGAAAGCACAAUUUCAAACAUUAUUAACGAGAUCAAAGGUUGAAGAUUUAUCAGAUGUAUCUCGUUUAAAUUUCACUCUUCAAACAACUGAUGAUCAAAAUAGACCAAUAGUAGUUAUCAUUGGUUCACAAUUAAAUUCUAGAAAAGAUUUAUAUGAUCAAGUUUUACUUUACCUAAUUAGAGUUUUAGAACAAACCAUUCAAAGAGGUAAUUUUUCAAUAAUUUAUUUUCAUUCAAAUAUGUCAUCUCAACAAUCUCCAGAUUUAUCUUGGUUAAAAAAAUUAUUAGAAAUUUUUGAAUUAAAGUAUAAUAAUUAUUUAAAAGAUUUUAAUAUUGUACAUCCAACAUUUUUAUUAAAAACUACACUUUUCAUAUCGAAAUCUAUAUUAGGUGAUAAAGGUGUUUUAUCAAAAAUAAUUUACCAUGAAAAUAUGAAUAAAAUUUCAAAAUUAAUUUCAAAAUGUAAUAUCCCAAAAAGUAUUUUUAGUUAUGAAUUUUCAAAGAAUGAAAUUGAUAAUUUCUCAUUUUCUUUUGAUAAUGAUGUUACUUUAUAG